CAGCGGCAACGGUGGCGGCGGUAGGGGCAGUGGCGGUGGCGGAAACAGCAAGCUACCAACCAAUGCUACUAGCGCCCGGAGCGGUAGUGGCAGUGGAGGUGGCGGAAACAUCGAGCUGAUCGUACCGACAGUCACUGUGGGUGGUGGUGGAGCACGAGCAACUGCUGCUACCAUGGCCGCCACUACGCAGCAGCAACAGCAACACCAAGGCUCCUAUCCCGCCACAAUGCCGUUAAUGACGCUGCCGUUGCAGCAACAGCAACUUCCAACAGCCCAAACGCAAGCGCAGGCUGUGAUGGUACAGCAACCACAACAGCAGCAGCAGCCGCAGCAGCAGCACCAGAACCACCAGCGGCAGCCGCAACAGCAGCAGCAACUUUUCAAAUCAGAACACAACAAAACACUAACGCAGCUGUAGUAGUAAUGGCCCUUGUAAGAAAGAGGGGGUUUGCUGUUUUCUUAUUUUAAUUUUAUUUUCAAAUGUUAGGAAAGUAUCAAAGUCGUGCGCGAAGCACUGGCAACAAGAACACAAUAGAUGUAUGCGUAUUACCGCAAUUAACAGCAGUAUAUCGCACACGGCAUCAUCUUUGUAGAUGUGUGUACACUCAACACUCCCCCACAAAUAGAUGACUGUAUAUAUGAAAACGAAUGUAUACAUAAAAUGGGCAGCGAGAUAUACACACAAAUUUGAAUAUGUGAAUAGGACACGAUCGUAGUAGAUCUUGCGGGGAAACCAUAACCCACAGUUCGCGUGCACACAUCCAGUGAACAUUAGAGAAGGUAGUAACAGUCCCCGCAGUAGCAUCAACAUCGUCGAUCGAUGAUCGUCGAAUCUCUCUACGGUAAGGGAAGGCUAAAAAGGGAGCUGGAUGUAAGAAGCCAGUAAUAAGGUUUUUGUUUUUCGAUGAUUGAUUUCGAUUGUCGUAACGAUGUGAAUGGAGGGAGAAAGGUACGCAAGAGUCGAACAUAUAGUAUGCAUUAUUAGUUAUUAAAAAGAGAGCCGACACCCACAGCCACCAGGCCGUGCUUGUAAAUAUGGAAUACGUCCGCACUUUGUGCGUGCGAGCAUUCAUUCAUUUCGUCGGUGUGGGAUGUGUAUCUUGUAUGAAAUCUACUCUAACCAUCCCUAACCGGUAAUGUGCAAACAAUGACACACUCACGGAUGGAAACAUUACUAAACAGCAUAAUUAUAACGAGUAAUUUUAAUGCGAAAGAAGAAUACACUUCUUUCUAGUUCAGAGACCUCUAGUGUGUGAGUGUGCGUGUUUAGGGUAUGCCACAACAAAGGAAGGAUCCGUUCUGAGCAUCAGUAAUUGUGUAAAUGCAGGCACAAGUUCGUGGGAAUAUAAGGUAAAUCUUGCGACAGAGGUCCCUAUUGAACACACGUCAUUCACCCUGAAGCAGUAAGGCAGCAGUAUGCGCUGUAACAGUGGUGUGCAAUAUGUAAGAAGAGAAUGUUUGACGAAAAGAUAAACGUGAAAAAAACACUAAGCGCCAGAAAGUGGAAGCGGAACUAAAAAAAAAAAUAUAUAUACAUAGAUAUAUAUACAUAAACCAUUAUACAUACCUAUAUCUUUAUAUAUAUACAAAAAAUACAUGAACGCAGGGCAGCAGAAGAAGGUGCGACAAAAACAGCAGAAUCGAUGAACACGCGAUAAUAAUUGGAGGUUGCGAAAGAGCAGGAUAAAACAUUUAAACACAAAUCGAUAUCAAAUAUCGAAUGAAAAAGCGAUACUAAACAAAGCAUAUUUAGUAAAAGAGAGGUGACAACGGUUGCCGCAUUGAUAGAGUAGUCAUUGCUGCUCGAAGAGAAGAAACACCCGGUAGAAACAAUGGCACAAUGGUGGUAGAUAGUGUGUGACCACCACUCCCAGCAACAGUUUCCAUAGUGUUGAACCCAUCCUCAUAAAAUGAAAUCAGCAUUGGAACGAUUUCGUAGUAGAGAAGAACGUAUUCGAAUCGGGCAGAACAAAACAAUCGAUGAUAAGUACUCCAGUAUGAAUGUGCAUGCACCAGGGAAAUUGGGUGCAUAAUCACCCAUUUUCUUUUCAAUACAAGAGGGACAGGUACCAAAACGCAGCGAAAAUCCUCUAAUCUUAACACAUCCGUUUGUUCGAAAAUAGCUAAAGCAAAAUAGUGUGAGAAAUAAAACUCUGAGACUAAUGCAAUGCCAUCGUGGAUCGCGUAGAGCAGCGGUAUGGUGAUGAUAAACGUCAUAUUCGGAACGCUAGAAAGAAUCGUCGCAUAGAAUCAGACUCGAAGACGAAGUUUUUUUUUUUUUGAUGAAAAUUGUCUUCAUUUUCAGUCGAACAUCAUCUCGGAUGGUCUAGUUACUGUGUUUAACCUGCAACCCGCCGUGUGGUUCAUAGAGCUGCAAGGUGGAUGGUGGGCUAGAUUGCAUUUUAAUGACAUCUGCAUAAUGACUUUUUUCUCACCCAACCCAACUAGACCUUGGUGUGUUCCAUUAGGCAGUUUGACGGAAUGAUGGUUGAACAAUUCGAACAGCGUAUUUUCUGCGCUGCUCAAAAUACAGCAUAACAACGCGCGCCAGAACAAGAGACAAUUCAAAUCUCCAAGCGACACAUAGUACAACUUGAUUUAAAACAUGUAAGAUGUAAUAAUAAUAAUAAAAGUGUAGUGAAAAGACACACAAAACAAUCUGCACUCUCAAUGUAAUAUUGUGUCAAGCAGUAGAUAACUGAAGGAGGUUAAUAAUCAGCAUAGAUUUUUGAAUUCCGAAAUCGUCGGAAGAAAAAGCGAAGGACUCCGUUUUGUUGUUGCGUUGUACGAUAGCAUCAAAACGCCAAGAAAUCACAACCAUCGUUUCGCUUAUCACGGAAUCUCUCGCCGUUGUUCACCACUGUGCUGUCAUGUAGCAGGCUUUACUGUUUUGCGUCCAUCGAUGCAUUUGGUCUCGAGAGAGUAUAGAAUUAGUUUCGCUCCGUUUUUGUUUUGCUAUUCGCUAUGUCAUAUGUUGCAUCUUACAUGCAAUAUGCCACACGUACAAAAUCAGAAUGCUAUUCUAGAUCGAACGCCAUAAAAAGACACGCAACCAAAUACAAAAAUAGGACCUUUUACAAGUGCGCAAUCGUCUGAACUCAAUAGAACGCUAAUGAGUAGAGUGAAAAGGAGGAAGUCAAGGAAAGAAGAGUCAAGGGAUUCUAUCUAAUCACGCUUCCAUGUACAAAAUGCGAACAAAAAUCCAAAACAUCAUAAAACCACACGCCACGGGGUACAACAGAGGAUGCGCGAGGGAAUUACAGUAAAGAGAAGCUACCGACUCAGUACGUGAAGGAUGAGUUUUAACAGAAAGAACAUGUGUUUUUGUUUGUGAAAAAGGGGUUCGCUGUGCUACAUUUGCCAUUUUCUCCUCCUGCUAAGUAUGGUCCGCACGGGGUCCAACUGUAAUCCCCAACUAUUUGAUUUGCUUCAGAUUUUUGCUUGUAUAGACUCAACAUGAAUACACAUGAGUCGGUCGGCCAGCUUUUUACUCUUUGUGAAUACGGAAUAAGUUGUUCUCAAUAGUAAGUCGCCACAAUUAAUCAGCAACUAAAUAGAAUAAAGCAAUCAAUCCAUCUAUCUACAUCUAAGCACAACACUACGAACAAAGGAAAUAGUUCAGCUAAAGGGUGGAAUUACAGCCACGCAAUAUACACCCAAAAAACUACACACACGAAACCCAUACGCGCAAUAGAACCAAACAGUCUGCGAAAAGCGUCGAAAUUAUUUGUAUUAAUCCAUUAGCUUCAUCGCGACCUAUCACUUUCUGACAAAUUUAUUCAUAAGCGAAUAGUUCCAUACCACCGGCCGUGGUAGCAGCACCGCGUACACGGCACAGCAAAUACUAAACCGCUCCCACAGCGUGAAGAUUAUAUUUUAAACCAAUAGGAAGCUCUACUGCAGCUAGCAACUUCUAUAUCAUACUUCAAACCAUAGUAACGACUAGUGUGUAUGCGUGUGUUUGAAAUGGCAGCUUUUUGUUAAGAUCAAUCAGUAACGGCAUUGUUUGAAUGUAAUUGAUGAAAACGUGCGUGAAAACUGCAUACAACAUUUGCAAGACGAAUCUUAUCCGCCACCACAAAUGAACAAAGCCUGGAAAAUUCAUAGUUUGUUUUCAUAUUAAUUUGCAUUUCUUUGCCCUCCAACGAUUACUUUGUCGUAACUGCCUACUGCUGCAUUGAGCGCCACGAGUAGAAACUCGAGGUCGUCAAACAUUAAAACGAACAAAGGCUCUGCUGGCUGCGAAAGCAAGUCCCCCCUUCCGUUAUCCGGUCCCGUGGUGGUUGUCACGAACAUACCUAGCAUGCUAAGCCAACAAACUCAACCACGCGAACCAACAAUCCUUUUUCCUGCGCCUUAGGAAGUAUCACUUGUUUGGCGGGAUUACGGGGACGUAACCGGUGUUAGAUGAUUUCGUUUUGUUUUUGUUUUUCUUUUUCUUUUGAUAAGAUAAGUUUCAGAGUUAAGUAUGUAAGCUUCUUUAUUGCUAUUAUUUUGCAAAACUACGAUAAGUUAUCCCGUAUAAGUUUGCUAGUUUAUACUUUCACCCAAUAUUUAGUGUUAGGCACGCGUUUUUUUAUAUAUAUAUUUGGACUACUACACAGUGUUUCUUUUAACUUGUUUCAUAAUUGAUUAAAAGCAAGGUGAAGAGAAGGCGGUCUGUGUCGAAAAAAGGCACGUCGAUGUAAUAAGAGAUUCAUCGGACAAUUAACUUUCAGUUCUAGGCGUAAAUAUACAAAACAAAUUGCUAGCGUAGGGAGAAGAGCACGCUUGUGAGGUUUAGAAUUGGCAAAACACCCGCGCCGUAUGUUUACCAGUAAAGGCAGAAAAACGAUGUUCGUUCACCUUUCAUCUUAGAUGGGGUAUGAACACCGCUUGAUGUACAACGUUAUAUAACGAGAAGAAACAAGACAAGAUUUACUGUGCAAACAUUGUGUUUUUUCGCCUGCAUAUACCCAAAGGCAAGGCAAAACAGCAGCACAAUUAAUCAUCAUAUCGACAAUAUAUGUAAUGGUAUCAUUUACAGCGCAGUUUCAUUUGGUAAGGAUCUGCUGCUAGCGCCCAGAAGAAGCAGCAGCAGCAGCAGAAGUUUAGGGAAAUAUGAAAAUAAGUUUCAAGUGAAAGGUUUUCCACAAACACACCGUUCAGUGAAAGUACCACUCUCUGUUACCCCUAACCGCGCGCGCGAAUUUGAAUGUCCACACUGCUGAAUUGAGAGCAGGCAAGACACAGGAGUCCAUAGGGGGAGGCAGACUGAUGAUUAGAGAGUGGAUGUGAGUGUGUGUAUUGUGAAAUCCCUUUUUUUACUUGUCUUUCCGUUUUGUAAACGCCAUAAUGCAGCUCAUUAGUAGUAGCGCAUCCCAGUCAAGAGAAGGGAAAGAGAAGCAGAAGGGAGAGAGGAGGAUCAGGAAAAACUAGGCGAAAGAACUAUGGAAACAAACGAUCGCGAAGAAACCUUACAAUAGAGAUGGAUUGAAUAUAAAUUAUGAGUUGUUCUAUUUUA